AUGGCCUCCCAGUUGAACACACACCAGUUUGAGAACGGAAGGAGGUUUCACGGAUACCGCGGAGGUGCCUACAUGUAUCCAAACGACGAGAAAGAGCAAGACCGCCUCGACAUCUACCAUAAGAUGUUUUCUGUUGCGCGCAGGGAACUCCACCGCGCGCCUAUUACCAGGAACAACCUACCGACAAGGAUUUUGGACCUAGGAACUGGUACUGGGAUCUGGGCGAUUGAUAUGGCAGAUCAGUACCCAGAGGCAGAGGUUAUUGGUAUCGAUCUUUCUCUAAUACAACCAAAAUGGAUCCCAAAGAAUUUGCGAUUCCAAAUCAGUGAUUUCGAAAGCGAAUGGACCCUUGGUAAAGAUUCAUUCGACCUGAUCCACCUACGGAUUGGCGCUGGUAGUGUUUCCAACUGGCUCAGUCUCUUUAGGCGAGCUUUCGAUCAUUUAAAACCUGGUCUUGGCUGGGUCGAAUACAUCGAGAUUGACCUACAAGCUCGCAGCGACGAUGGGACACUAACCCCAACCCACGCGCUCACCCAAUGGCAGAAUUAUAUACUGGAGUCAACGGAACGCGCGGGGAAGCCAUUACGAUAUGAUCCGCGGACGGGGAUCACUUUGAAGGAAGCUGGGUUUGUUGAUGUCCAGGAGGUUAUUUUGAAGCUACCACUCAGCCCUUGGCCGUCAGACCCUUACCUCAAGGAAUGUGCACGGUGGUAUAAUUUGGGGCUUGGAGAGGGACUCGAGGCAUACACAUUGGGUCCCAUGACGAGAGUGCAGGGCUGGUCGGUAGAGGAUGUUCACAACCUGUUGAUACCCGUACAAAGGGAAUUGAACAGCAAGCAAAUCCACGCUUACCACAACAUGCACAUCUGGAUUGCGCGACGACCUGCGUAA